AUGAAUGCUGAAGAUGCAAUGAUUGCGAGAAAGGGAAAAGAAGGGGACGAUAAGAAGGCAGACAAGAAAAGGCCGGCCCUGACAACCAGAGAUGAAAAGGAAACCAAGUAUAAGAAACCCAUGAUCCAGGAUGAACCAUAUCUGAAGUGGCCACCAAAGUUGAAGUCAGAUCCGGCGAGGAGACCUCGUGAUAAGUACUGUAGGUUCCAUAAAGACCAUGGGCACGCCACAGAGGAUUGCUUCAACCUCAAGGAUCAGAUUGAGACUCUGAUCCGAAUGGGGCAUAUACGAAAGUUUAUUGUUGGGAAUGACAGAACCGACAUUAAUCCACCUAGAGCAGGCCGAGAUAAUCGUCAUCCUGAUCAACAACCAAUGGGAGAAAUCAGGGUCAUAGCCGGGGGAUGUGCAGGAGGUGGAGAAUCAAGCUCAGCUCGAAAGGCUUAUGCCAGGAAAAUACAAAGCUCAUUUGAGGUGUGCGAAGUUAGAGUACAGGUUCAACAUCGGAAAAUGCCUCGUCUAAGUGAUCCUGUUAUUAUAUUCUCGGACGAAGACAUUAAGGAUGUGCAACAACCUCAUGACGACCCCCUCGUUGUCACUAUGAUGAUCGCUAAUUAUACUACUCGACAAAUCUUGGUGGAUAAUGGAAGUUCGGCUUAUAUCAUUUUCCUUGAUGCAUUCAGCAAAAUGAAUAUUGGUAAGGAGAAACUCAUACCUGCUAGAUCACCAUUGGUGGGAUUCACGGGAGAUAAGGUCUACCCUCUAGGAGCUGUCAUUCUUCCCGUCACUGUAGGAACCAGCCCGAAACAAGUUACUGUCAUGGUAGACUUCCUGGUGGUGGAUUGCCUAUCUGCUUACAAUGUUAUCCUAGAAAGAACUACCUUAAACUCGAUGAGGGCAAUCACUUCGACUUAUCAUCUUUUGAUGCGUUUCUCUACAGAACAGGGCGUAGGCGAACUAAGAGGAGAUCAGACCACUGCCAGAGAAUGCUAUGUUGCGUCUCUGAGAGAAAAGAAGUAG